AUGAUCACGGGUGAAGAUUGUCAUCAGUCGCUGGCCCAGCGGAGCGCUGUCGCGGCCGCCGUCGCCGCAGCAACGACACCACGACACCUUUCACUGAGGUCGAACACCAACGACGCAGUCCAGGCCUUCCGUCGCCGUGGCGAGACGGAGGAAAAGCGACGGCGGUAUGAUUGGUUGCCAUGGGAAGUGCGAAUAUCUGCAGACGGCAUUGGACCACCGCUGAACUUCUUGGAGCCUGUGCAUUCUUUCGACAUGUUCUCCCUUGGAGUGCUUGCAUUGCACCUCACGAUUGGCCGAACAGAGGCCCGCCUGAGGCUUAGUGCCAUGGAAAGUGCCGGUGCAGGAAAGGACCUCACCGCGGUGGAGGUGGUUGAUACCAGCAUGCUGGGUCUGGAUCCCAUGUUGCAUCGUGAAAUGUUGGGCCCGGCAGCCGAUCGGCCUGCGCCCAGCAAGGUGGUGCGUUCCAUCGAGGCAAAAUUGGCAGACCCGCAGAGGCUGCCAACCGUGAGCAAGGCUGUAGGGGAAAACCUCCUCCCGAAGGUGGGCGAUCGCUUGGGACCGCUGGUCGCAGAUGUGGAACUAGCUGAAGAAAGAGAACUUGCAGAGAUUGAUGUCCAGCUGCUCCAGACGAAGGUGCAGGGCACAAUGAUGCGGGAGGGGGAGACAGGAGUCCCAAAGCGAGUAGUUUCGAAUGAAGGCGGUGUGUGUUGGUCCAGCGAGGAUUGCUGCCUCGAGGAUGCAGAUGGCUACUGCCCCUUGUUCUGCAAAGAAGGCACGGAGAUCGACACGCAUAACGCCAAAGGAUGGGAGGUGAAGGGGCAAUGCAUGAAGAAGUGGGUGGGCUACUGCCGUGAGGACGAGCAAUGCAAGACACUUAGCCACGCCAAAGGCGAGAGCGGUGAUCCAACUUAUAUUGGCAAUGCCAUUUGCUUUCGCUCUGCUGGAUCUCUGGAUGGGACCUGUCGGAACGAUACUAUGUGUGAUGCCAUGUCGUGUGGCCGCGGUUCCUGUCGUUGGGGGAAGUGUACCUGCGACUUUGGCGUGAGUGGCGAUCGAUGCGACAAAUCUACUGAGGCCUUUGCCUUCCUGUUCUAUGGGAAUAGCUCUGAGAAUCUCAUUUCGGUGCGAGUCCUUGUGAAGUCCAUGAGAGCGGCAGGCGCUACCCAGGACAUCUUGGCUAUUGUCCCGAAGAACAUGAUUGCGACAACGCCUCAGAAACAUUUGGACAUCCUGACGCAUGAUGGUGUGAAGAUCUACUUCACUGAUCCCAUUCCCAUGCCUCCAGUCAUGGACGCGGACCCUGUGAUUCACAAACGCUGGAGUGGAGUCAUGAACAAGUUUGCCGUUUGGCGCAUGACCGAGUACUCCCAAGUGGCGCUCUUGGAUACGGACAUGGUCUUCGACGUUGACUCCGAAAGCCCGGGGAAGAUCUUCAGCGAGUGCAGCGCGCCGUUGUGCGCUGUUCGUGAUGGAGACUCACGCUUCAUGAAUGCAGGGGUCAUGGUGAUUACUCCUUCCGGACAACGCUUGGGCCAUCUCCUUCAGGUCCUUGCCGAUGAGCAACACCAUUUUGCAAUGCCCGAACAGUCCUUCUUGACUCAGUACUGCAAGAACAAGAAGUUCAAGAUGAAGUUGCAGUUCCUGGACAAGAAGUGGAAUUCUUGUGUGGGUGGCGGCAUGCUACACAAUACAGGGUGGGAGUCGACAGGUUACAAUGUCCUGCAUUCUUGCUCCUGGACUGGGAAGCCGCCGAAUCUGAAGAUGUGCUUUCCAGGGACCUGCGACAGCAACCAGGAAUGGCACACCGUUCUGGUUUGGCAAUUCUUCCACAUGCAGGUGGACAGCUGCGUUCGCCAUGCAAACGAGAGCAGCUGCAAGCAGAACCAUUGCCAAUGGUGUGGGAAGUAUUGCGGCACAACUCAAAUCGAGUGCAACAAGAAGCUGUUCAACCAGACAUACAUCAAGGACAAGGAUGAGCCCGACAUCCAGGAAGCCGCACGUUUGGGUGCACUGACACGCAGUGUGUGGGAUAUGCCGGAAAACACGUCGCAGCAGGAGUGGCACAACUUGCCCGUGGGGUCCUGGGCUUGGCCCCAGGUGGCGAUGUACCAGAUCUUGAUCGAUCGCUUUGCCACGACCAGCCCACAACACUGUGAGAAGCUGAACGACUACUGUGGUGGCAACCUUCCUGGGCUCAUGGAGAAGGUCAGCUAUCUCGAGGAACUGGGAGUGGAUGGCAUUGUUCUGUCACCGGUCGUGGAUCAGAUGCCCCACGGCUACCACGGCUACUGGACGAAAGAUUUGACCAAGGUUAACCCAGCGUACGGCACGGAGGAAGACGUGAGGCAGCUCGUGAUCCUUUUGCACGAGAGGAGAAUGAAGGUCAUUGUGGACGUCAACAUGAAUCAUGCUGGAUCUCAAAAAGUGAACGCCAGCAACCCGCGAGAUGUGUCCAUCCUGAAGCCCUUCAACAAACCUGAACACUAUCACUCUGACAACUGCAGUCUUAUCCAUGAUUCAGACUACGAGCGCGGUUCAUACUUCCUCGAGCACUGCAAGCUCUAUGGACUGCCUGACUUCAACCACGAGAACCCAAUCGUUUGGCAGGGGCUCAUGCAGUGGGUGCGUGACCAUGUCGACAAGUACGGCUUUGAUGGAAUACGUGUGGAUGCAGCGCGGCACAUCAACAGGAACUUCCUGAACCACAUCCCGGAGACGGGUCCGCCGAUCCCUGCGUACUACGAGGUGGUGAACACGGAUAUGGCUUAUGUCGCUGGAUAUGCCACUGGAGACUACGGCUCUGUGUACAACUAUCCUUUGUAUUUUGUCCUGAAGGACAUUUUCGUUCCAGGUCCCAAGCAGAAGCCAAUGUCUGCUUUGGGUGAUUGGAUGGAGAAGCAACUGCCAAAGGCACAGGGCAGAUUAAUGCUGAACUUCCUGGACAACAACGACCUGCCGCGCUUCCUUUACCGCAUUGGUGAGGGUGGAGGCGUUCCUGAAGCCACGAUGAUGGCGCUCUACCACAAUGCUCUUUUGGCAAUGAUGGGAAUGGAGGGCUUGCCUGCCAUCCUUUUUGGCUCGGAGCAAAAUGCCAGGGGCCGCCUCAACUAUUCAGAUCCUUUGAAGGUCGACAAUUGGCGUCAGCCCCUUUGGCAUCAUGGCUACAAUACAUCUUCUGCAACCUUCAAGCUCAUGAAGAAGGUGCUUUGGGUUCGUCAGCGUACCAACGGCCUGCAUGCCUUCAAAUGCAUACCGGUCUACAUGGACUACCAGGUCCUGGUGUGGACAAGGGGUCCAGCCAUUUUCGUGGUGAGCAACGCUGGUCAGCCGAGCAAGAUCCCAUCGCAACGUGUCCUUUGGGACAAUGCCACAGCUGGCCUUGGGCCAUAUGGGACACCGUCUAUGGUUUGCAACAUCUUGGAUGAGAACCCUUUCCAAGAUUGCGGAGUGCUGGUGCCUGGCAACAUCUCUAGGUUACACUUGACGGGCGACCCGAAGCUAUAUGUGCCAAAGGAGUACAUUACUGAAUACGUGGCGGUGCUCAAGGCGAAGCAGAAGGAAGGUGAACGAAUUGCCAAAGAAGAACAGCAUGAUCCAGUGGUGCUUCCGUUCACCAAAUGGAAGGCAAUGCCCGAGCCACCAGUCGUGCAGAUCCAGGCGCAGAAGCGUGUUGCUCGCUCCUGGCGGCCUGGAGAUGUCACGUUGAACGGAAAUCCUUCCUGGGUGUGGCAUGACUUUCCUCAACUUCCGCCACACUUGGACAAGUGGGGCCCACCCUUGGGCAUGCCAGUGCCCCAUGUCAUCAGCGGCGUGCUGAAGGAUGGCUGCUUCCACUUGGGCCCCGGUGAGAAGGACGGUGCCGUAUUCGCACGGCGUGCCAACAAGACCUAUGUGUUGUGCCCCGAUUCGCCGCAGUAUUGCCCGCGUGUCAUAGAUGACCAGGUGAACCUGACAGCGCUUCAUAGGCACUCUCUUACGGCUGGCAGCUUCAAGAAGGAGUUGCCGGUCUUGCAUUUGACCUUCGAUGUAUGGUACGGCGUCUACCACAUGCUGAUCAGCGCCCUUCCUUCCAUCGCUCCUCGCUUGGACAGGUUGCGCAACGGGACCAUGCAGGUGCCAGAGCGGUUGAUGCAGUCGCUUUGCAGUGUCGCUGGCCUUCCGUUGCAGGGAAUGCAUGAGCCACGCUGA